AUGUCGUUAGCACCGGCAGAUCUCACUAUACUGACUAUCAACGCCCGAGGGCUCAAUAAUCCUGAGAAACAUUCGGAAGCCCUACAAGAUUUUCAUGCUGCUAGAGCCUCCAUAGUAUACAUACAGGAAACUCACUUUAGGGAGGAUUCUAGGUCCAAAUUGACAAACCACCACUUCCGGAUGGGAUAUCACA